AAGAGAAAUGGACCCUAAACUGCUAGAUGCAGCCCGAGUAGGAGACGUAGAUCUCUUCAGAAAGCUCAUCAAAGCGAAUCCUGAUAUCCUCCUCCAGAUAACCCCACAACAAAAUACAGCCCUCCAUUUGGUAGCUCGGUACGGCCACAAGCCGUUGGCCUUGGAGAUCUACAUCCGAUCUCGGUCGCUCCUCAUUCAGCCUAACAAGAAAGGAGAAACCCCAAUACACAUCGCCGCCAAGGCUGGUAAUUCACUGAUCAUCGAUUUCUUCAUCCGUUGGGCUGAAAGCUUAUGUGGGUCCCCUUCAAAUGACGUAGAAAAAGGCGUGAAUGAUCCGCGCGAUGUACUGAGGAUGAGAAAUAUCGCGAACAAUACCGCGUUGCAUGAGGCGGUUCAAGCGGGCCACCUGCAUGUGGCUGUCCAGCUCAUGACCGUAGAUCCUGAAUUGCUGUGUUUGGUGAACAAGGCCAAACAAUCGCCGCUUUAUCUUGCUGCUAGAGAAGGAUCGUUGGAUAUCGUGCAGGAGAUAUUGGCUAGAUCUCCGAUGCAGGUCCCUGGGGGCCCCAACGGACGGACGCCUUUGCAUGCAGCGGUCGUAUGGGGCCAUUUCGAUAUCAUGAUGAAACUGCUGGAGCAAAAACCAGACCUUAUAAAACAAGCCGAUACAUACGGAAGCACUCCUCUUCACUAUGCAGCCUACUUCGGGAAGCUGACCAUGGUCCAUGGUCUACUUCAAACUGAUACGUCCAUUGCCUACCUGUUAGACAAUGAUGGCUACUCACCAAUCCACAUGGCAGCCAUCAACAAUCACACUGACAUCAUCCAGGAGCUCAUCUUACGCUGCCCUGACUCGGGCGAGUUGCUCGACAGGCGUGGCCGCAACGUCCUUCAUAUAGCCGUCGAGAGGGACAAACCGAAUGUGGUCGAGUACAUCCUCAAGACGGCCGAACUCGAGGAACUCAUAAACGAGCCUGAUAGUGAUGGGAAUACACCAUUGCAUGUGGCCAUUAUCAACCGUCACCUUUCGAUUGUUUACCUACUCGCGGCUCAUGAUAGCGUGGACAUGCGGGCCGUGAACCGGGAGGGAUUAACGGCCCUCGAUAUUGCUCUAGCGGACAAUGAGCCUAGCUUGAAACUGAGAAAGUUCCAAAUCUUGAGAGCCUUGAUCAGUGCCGGUGCACAAUGGGGAAAAUGGCAACAACACAUCAGAGAAAAUCGACAGCCUUUGCGAGGAGAAGCGCCCACAAUCGAAUCAUACAAGGCCAUGGCCAACACCAUCUUGGUGGUGGCCGCUCUCAUCGCAACCGUCACUUUCGCAGCUGCUUUCACCUUACCCGGCGGAUACAGCGAGGACAGUCACAAGGCCAAUCUAACAACGAAUCUCUUCUUCAAGCUAUUCAUCAUAUCCGAUACCACGGGUCUGUUUAGCUCCAUCACUGUCUCAUUUCUUCUCAUUCGAGUCGGUAUAGGGGAUCAGGACUUGUUGGUACGCACUCUCCGUUUCGCAAUGGAAAUGACUCUUGUGGCCGUUGGAUCUAUGGCCCUGGCGUUCGUGUCAGGCGUCUAUUUGGUGGUCCCAGGAUGGCUAGAUUUCGCGGUGGGUCUUAUCUGUUGCAUCUCUCUUUGGUCGCUUAUGAUGUUCCAUUCAUCAGCAUUCUCGACCAUACUUCAAUUCCUGGGCGAGACUUCUGGGGAUGAGCUGACUAGCCAUGUACCUUUCAAAGGGCGUCGCAAGAAUUCCAAAGAUAAGAGUAAACAUGGAUUUCCGAGGUAAUCAACGGUUCUGAUCGUCAUUUUCCACGAAUAAGUUGCAUUAAUGGACGUAUGAUUGUUAUAUUUUCUUUCAAAGGUGGUGUAAUUUUAUUUAGUUUUUUUUUUUUCGUAAAUGCUAUUCUCGUUAAGAGUACAAAAGGAAAUAAUACAGUGCAACUCAUGUGCAAUCAUUAUGGUGAGGCUUACAUUUAUGGGACAAGCGCGCAGUUCAAUAAUCAAUCUAGACCGCACAUUCCUUUCGUUUUGUUUAAGCAUCACAGUGCCAAAGUAGCACCAUUGUGAUAAUGAUAACCAUCUAAGCGCAGGGCUAUAUGUUGAUUAAGAUUUAAGAGUUCCGUCACACUCACGUAAGGUAUAUCAUACACUGUCCUCAUUCGGUUAUUCAAGUGCAUCGUCUGUUUGUGUUUAUAAAU